AUGCAGACCGCAUUUAGGCAGAUGAGGGACCUGGUGGCGGACGCCAAGGCGCGCAUAGCGGCUGCACGCUCCCCCGACGAAGUGCGGGAGGUGCUGACGCGGAUUUCGGAGAGAAUCUUUGGUCGCGACCAGCGAUCGCCGAGUACUGCUUUGCCGGACGAAGCCAACCACGCAUUCUUCACCGAGCAGUACGCCAACUGGACCCACUUUCUGCUGAAGUCGGUGUUGCCCAACUGGGUUCUGUGCUUCUCGCGGGAAGAGCGAGCUCGCUUCUUCGAUUCCUUCUUCACCUCGCCCGAGGUGCCGCAGGUGGACGCCUUCCUGGCUCUGGCCCAGGCACUUAUCGAAUUCGGCCGCUCGGGCGAUGCAGCGCGGACGGGAGGCGCACAGUCGAGCUGGAACGAAGGGCUGCGUGCCAAGAACCCCAUCGUACUGGAGGUACGCCACCGGCCGACGCCGCUCGCGGCAGAAGAAGCUGUGGAGGAGAGCGAACAAGGGGCGAACAAAGACGAGAAGGACUUUAUCGUCAAGACCGUAGCCGGGCUGCUGGGGACAAUGAUCACCACCGAUGGAGGCCUCUCCCGCUUGUUCGCGCACUUUGCACGCCACGAAGGGCCACAUGCGGGUCAAGAGAGCCUGUGGGUGCGGGUGCUGGGUCUACUCUGCUCGCUGCCCGAUCGCAUCACUGCAGUCUACCGAGACGCCACUAGUGAGAUUCCUCAUGCGCUCCGUGAACAGCAAUUCACGAGGCUCGUCACCACACAAGCGCUGAAUGCUCUCCAGCUUAAGCACGUAAGCGAAAGAGCCUUGCUGGCCCAGAUCGGGCAGCUCUACGGUAAGCUGAGUCUUGUCGGGCGAGGAACAGCAAUGAUGGAAGCUCUCCUCCCGCUCAUCCUAGCCCACAUUCACGAUCGAUCACGAUUUGUGGCCAUCGUUCGCGCCGUCCCUCAGAAUGCCGCGGAAGGCUUUGUCCACGCUCUCCUCCUGCAACUCGACAGCACAAAACAGUUCUCGUCCGACUUCGUCGCCACCACUCUACUCGCCGUGACGCAGGGUACGCAGGAAAAAGCCUCGGGAGCGCAGCAUUCCCCGCCUCCGCUCUACCAGCUACGCUCCCAGGUGCUACUCGAGCUCUUCGGAGAGACCGUCUCGCAUGCCGACUCGAGGGGCGAGCAUGCAAGCGGAAAGCGGAACGACAACGCGCUCUCGUUCCUAUUCCUGCACAAGCUGCUGCUUGUGAAAGUCUACCCGGCCUCCGUUCUUCGCGUGUUGCUCGACUUCAUCGCCCGACUCGGCCCUAUGCCACCAACCGAUAAAGGGAAGGAAAAGGCCACAGGUGCUGAUGGCAUGGACGAGGGCACCUGUGCUGACCUGCACAACAGAGGCAUGCAACCCCUGCUCAAUGCGCUGGUAAAGGUGGUCGGCGUCUGGGGCGAGAAGAGCUUCAUUCGGCAUUCGUCGUACGAGCAACAUCGGUAUCUCUUCAAGGCCAUCACCUUCGGCCUGAGCUACUUGGCCAAGGAGGAUUUGACCAGCACUGACGGUCUGCUGAUCGGGUUGGUUAGUGGCGUUCAAAACUACAUCGCCUAUCCUUCCCUUCACGCUAUUAGUUUCGGCAUGAUCGUGGCCGAGCAGUUCUCGAGGAUUCUCGAUCCGGAGGCCGAGAAGCCGCUGGAGUUCGAGUACCAGCCCUUGUCCGACGACGAAGACGAAGAAGGGGUGCACGCCAAUGAAGGCGCAGCUGACGCGAUCGAGCGCGCAUCCACUGCGCCGGCCGAGGACGUUACUCCUCCCACAGAACGGAAAAAGCGGCGAAGAAGGAAGAAGCAGGUCGAUGAUGAUCCCGACGCUCUGUUUCUCGCAAAUGAGGAAGAGGCCCCCGAGGACGACGUGGUUGGUGAUGAAGAUCUGCAGCUCGAAGGGAGCGACACCGGUGGUAGUAGCGAGGAUGAGCUGGAGGCUUACGAUCUCGAAGACGACGAGAGCGACUUGAGCCAGGUCAAGAUCCCAGUCUACCUCCGAGACGUGCUAGCUGGGCUCCGUGCCAAGGACGAGCCGGAUCGCUUGGAGGGUGCGAUCAAGGCAGCCGAAGGCCUGAUCCGCGCAGACGCCAGAGGCGACCUUCAUGACAUCUCUCUCGAACUGAUGCGCACUCUGCUUCACCUGUUCAACCAGUACGAACUCGAGGGCUUCGGUGAGAUGCGAUUCAAGGCGAUGAUCGCUCUGCUGGCCAGCGACGAGGAAACCCCGAAGUUGGUCAAGUACCUCACCGACCAGUUUUACGCUCAGAACUACUCCAUACAGCAGCGAGUCGACAUGUUGGUGGUCAUGGCGGAGGCUGCCAAGGAGCUGGCCGACUCUUCCUUGGAGCCGAUGUUCCCUCCGUCCAGCUCCCAUCCGCACGCGAAGGCCAUCGAGGCGCCUGCGGCGCAGGGACAGCCCCUCCUCCGCGAGACCAAGGACAUCAACCUGCUCAGCGGACUCUCCCCCGCGCGCUUCGCGUCACUGUACAUUGACCGGGACAGCCGAAGAUCCACCUUCGAUGAGGACCAGCGAUUGCCUUAUCUGCCCAGCCACGAUUCGACGAACGAUACGGCCGAGUCAUCGACAAUGGUGGUCAAACAUCCAAAGCCCCUGGGCAAGGAGACCCGGAGAACGGGAGGCCGCAAGGGUCCAGCCUUCGCUCAAUCAGGCAAGGCCAAUCGUUUCGUGGAUGUCCACGGGCUCUUCUUCUAUCCCCUCAUGCGUGGCUACGACAGCGUCGACAACACGUUCAAUCUGCUGGGGGAGGACAGCAUCGUGCUCAGCAAGCUCCUACACGCACUCUCCGUAUUCAUCGAGUGCAUGGGUAGUGCUGCCCCGCCCUCCGCACUCUACCGGAUGGCGAACGUGCGGCGGGCCGCCCUUCUGGCCGCGGCGCGCACCAUCGCCCUGGUACCGGUGAGCCUUCUCGUAUCGGACUUCCUGGAGGACUUCAACGAGGUGCAGGCCUGGCUCGUGUCCGUCUACCGCGACGACCCCGACGAGCACUCCAGGGCGCUGGCGUCGGCGAGCCUACUGGAGCUGCGAAAAGUGGCUGAGCUGGUAACGAGGCAGCAGCUCAACGACCCCACCAACCUCCUCUCGGGUUAG